AUGCUGCUCAAUGACUCAGAGUCAAGCUAUGAGAACACUGAUCAGUUGCUGACAAAUCAUAUGAAUUUUAUGAUCAUAUCAUUACCAUCAACUUCAUAUCAUCAUAAUGAAGAGGAUGAUACUGCUGAUAAAAGUAUGACCGCAGCUCCACAGUACGAUUGUUCUCCUCAUUAUUUCUUACUGCUUUGCACGCUAAUAUUCUGCUUCACAACGGGUUCCGAUGCGUUCACAAAACGAAUGAGUAGUGCGUGUGAGAUGAACAAAGAUUGUAAUAAAUACACUUGUGAUGUAGAAAACAAAUUUCACUCACCGAAGGAUUACUUUCGAAAGCCAGGUCGAUCAAUUUUUACGUUACCAUGUAAAUGUCAAUCCGAUUGGAAGGCGCAUUUCUGCCGCAAUUCAGGACGCUAUCGUUUGACACCAAUCGGAAAAGAGGAUACCUUGCCUAGCAUUUGCAUAUGCAGGCAAUUCAGUGACGGUGGUGGUAGCUGUCAGCAGUUUAUGACACAAUGCUUUUCAAGUCCGAAACCGGAUGAACCUUGCUACUGUUGUUUCAACCAGCCAGGUUUGUAUUGUAAUCAAUUGCAAUGCUCAAAAAGACAACCUGAAUUCGGUCCCAAAGCAAAUACCACAUGUGUAUGUCAUUUACCAGCGUUCUACCCAUAUCAUAUAUGCAAUCAAGAGGAUCUUCUAGAUGCAACAAGUACUGGUAAUAACAACGGCGAGACAUCUAAUCUUUUUGAUUGGCGUACUCGUCAAAACAGUUCGAUGAUUGGGAUUUACAAUGGGCAGUACGGUGAGCAGCAUUCGAUGGACGUGAGACAAUCGAAGAAACUCUUAUUGCUCGGUAUUGAGCUGAGUUCAGGUACAGCAUUCGCAAUAGUGCUGUCAUUGUUGGGUUUGGUUGCAUUAAUGACUACUUUAUUAUUGGUUUUGCGAAGUUAUCGUUUACAUAGACAACGGCAUCAAAACGACUUAAGACGGAAUAAUGCACAAACAAUUCUACUGCAACAACGAGCCGACGAUGACAAAUAUCUUCCUUGA